AUGGGCUUCGCUGAGGGGGCAAAUGCCAUUUUCGUCAACACAGUUGAUGGUGUCUUCACAAUUGAGCUACAGUCGGAGCAUGCGAGGAAGGUGUGCAGUGAUCAUGGCUUCGUUAAUUUGAUCCCGGUUGUCAGCUUCUACACUCCUGUACCCCGAGGCCAGCAGCAGAACCUGCUGGCGUCGAAGCCUAGCGAGGAGGGGGGAGAGGAGGAUAAAACAGUAGAUCGCGCACAACGGCUGUUGAGCAAGGGGUCCAAUGCUAUGAAGGAAGGGGACUUUGUCAACACAUUCGAAUGCGUCAGCAACAACCACAAUAUCAGGGUUCCUUGUUAUGGAGAAGGUGCUCUGGAGAGUGCUAACAUGCUCAACAAACAAGGAUAUGCCUUGCUACCGAAAGUUUCUUCGGGUGAUAUUCCCAAGAGUGCACCAAAUGAAGAAUCGGUGAAGGGUACAACGAGCAAAGAUGAUGGCGUGAGCUCGACGACCUCUCAUAGCAAUGUUGAGGGUGCUCCAGCUUCAGAGAAAGAGAGGAUAUUGAAAUAA